AUGACUCCAGGCAUCGUUUUAUAUGGUUCAAGUAGUGUUCAUGAAGAUAUUACGUAUGAUCCAAGUAAAGGCCAUGAGUACGCGGUCAUGAGAUGCAAGAAAGGCAAGUAUUUCGGGACACAAUUUGCAGUGAAUAUCUGGAAACCAAAAGUUCAAGUUCCCAACGAGUUCAGCUUGGCGCAGACUUGGCUCAUGUCUGGAGUUGGCGCUAAGCUUAACACAAUUGAAGCUGGUUUCAAGGUUCUUCCAUCAUUAUAUGGCGAUAAUAAUCUAAGAUUAUUUGUUUACUGGACGGUCGAUGGACACCAAAAGACAGGGUGCUACAACACCGACUGCCCAGGUUUCGUUCAAACGAGCAAUCGUAUCAUUGUAGGUGGAGCCUUCAAAAGCGUCUCAAAAUACGACGGUAUUCAAAUCGCGGUCCUCGUAAUUAUAUGGAAGGACGGCGAUUACUGGUGGCUAAAGAUCAACAAAGAGCUUGUAGGCUACUGGCCUGCUAAGUUAUUCAGUUCUCUAGGAAAGGAAGCUACGAACAUUGACUGGGGAGGUGAAAUCGUAAACGAGAAGACCGGUGGGAAACACACAAGCACCGACAUGGGAAGUGGACAUUUUGCAAAUGAAGGUUAUAGAAAAGCGAGCUAUUUCAGGAAUCUUAUGACAGUUGAUAAAACCAAUACUUUGAGAGAACCACAAGGAGUUUUUCCCAUCACUACCAAUGAUAACUGUUACAGCAUUAAGGCAGGACGUAAUGGAACUUCCUGGGGGUUUAAUUUCUUCUAUGGUGGUCCUGGCUUGAAUGCUAAAUGCCCUUGA